CUUGCUGGGACUUUGCUUUUCGCCUACCAACUAACUACCACUCCAAAAGCAAGAAGAAUUACCAGCGAGUCGAUUGUUUUCAAAUUAAUAUAAAACUGGUUGUUUUGAUGAAAAAAGCAAUAUGGAAUGAAUGUUGGUAGGAAAAGUGAUUUGUUUCCUUUCGAAACUUGUACCAGAUUACCGCUCCCCUCGCUGGAGCCAACUCUUUUGCAAGAGCUAGGGGUUUUGAAUGAAAAUGAAAAUGCCAAACGAAAAUAUCAUAAAUUGUCAGCAGGCUUGGAAGAGUUUUCCUUAGCGAAAGACCAUACAUUGCUGGGAAAGGACGCUAUUUUGGGCGUUUCCACUACCUCUUCGAUUGAACCUAAGAGAGAAACUACAAAUGAAAAUAUAGAUGGAAACUAUUAUUUUUUGGAGUCUGUUGCAGAUAGAAAACGCAUAAAGUCCCAGAGCCCGGAUUUGGAUUCUGCCUGCUAUAAUGAAGACGCGUUUAUCGACUCGAACAUUUUGGGUUGCUAUUCGAAUUGGGAGGGUACAAAUUAUAUCUCGAAAGAAGCAAAAACGCCAUUUUUUUCAGAGUGUCCUGCUCUUGUCUACGAUGCCUUUCUACAUGAAGACGGGUCCCCCGAAGCUUCAUCUGUUCUACGGCUUUCAUCUCAACAGGUGUAUUUGGCACUAUGUGCUUUGGUUCAGGGGUUUGAAACGUGUUUGUUUUUCUGGGAUGACGAGAAUGCAACGUUUCGUGUUCCUAACCUUGUUUCCAUGUCGGGAACUUCUCAGCUUUCCUUUAGUAGUUUUGUGACGGAAUUCAUCUCGUUUGGUACGUUGGUACGAAACUCUAUAAAGAAAAUAAAGAACCCGAUAUCCAUCGGACAAUUUUACCUGUUUAACUUUUGCGCAAAUGGUAUUACUCAGUAUCGGAAGGAGUUACAGUCUUUAUUAUUAGACUUUCAUUCCCCCAUUAGGGGACCUUUAUCCCUAUUGAAUUAUAUCCGAAGGUUUGAUCCUUUGUUCCGUAUGCUUAAAUACGUUUUGUCUAUGCCACCCUCUCGUCAAGAUACUAUAUCAAUAAUGAACGCUCUUUAUGAUUAUACGAUUAUUUGCCAAAACACCAGAAGCUAUCCAAUAGCUUUGGAAUGCUUCGUUUAUUGUUCUGACCCUUUUUUUCUAAAACUAAAUGCUGCAUUGGACUUUACGGUUACCAAUAAACGUAUACAACACUUCGUUCAGUCAUUCCCCAACUUUUUCCCUUCUGAGCUUUCUUUGCUUCUGGCUGAAUUCUUGAAUUCCUUCACUAUGGUUCAGCAGUAUCCUGUAUUUUUUGAAACACUACGACCAAAGUUAGCUACUUCUCUUAAAGUUGGUUUCAGUCUUCGUGAGAAUCUCUUAUUUCCUACACCAAAUAAAUCAUCAAUAGACUUAUCAGCCAAUGCUUUUCCAAAGGAGAAACAAAAUGUUGGUGAAGAAGACAAUUUUGAAGCUCUGCUUGAAAAAAUGAAUAUGACUCCAAACAUCGACGAUGAGGUCUCUGAAUUACACUUUGUCGAAGGUCCAGAGGGAAUGUUACCAUUGGGUAUGGUGAUGCAAUUAUGUAUAUAUAAUCCGAUUCAGGACUAUAUUCUAGUACUUAUGCGAACUCUGUAUGAAUCUUUGUUUACGCAAUGUUUUGCUUCUGAAGUAUUAAGACUUUUACAAAACGUAUGCUGCUUUCAAAGCCCUGCGUUUGUUGACGAAACAAUGUGUUUUCUAAGAGAUGAUUUCUUUGGAUUAGAUGAUUCAUAUUCCUUGGAGCAUGCAUUCGUUGCAUUUGCAUCUUUUUCAAAACAAUGCACAUCUCAUGAAAUGGAACGUCUAGGCUUUGAUAAAUCUGCAAGUUCCAAUAUACAAUUGCUUCUACAUUACAACGAAGGAGAAAUCCCGUCCAAGGAGUUUGGUGCUCUGGGUUUAAAGUGCAAGAUAUAUGGCCCCUUACAAAUGUUGUUUCCAAAAGAAAUAUUAGAACUCUAUUCUAAAAUCUUUUCUAUGGUAUCUUUUUUUUUUGAGCAGAAAGUGCUAAUAGAAUAUGAAUUUCAACAUAGUCGACGACUUUGGGAAAAAAAGGUUCGAAUCGAAAAAUGGCUUUUCUAUCAGAACAUAAAGAGCAAAAUUUUUGAUUUGAUACACGUUGUUAUUCCGGAAACUAUUGCUUCUUUUACUGGUCCUUUCCUAUCGCUUUCCUCAUUUUCAUCGGACAGGCCAGUCAACAUAUUUUCUUCUGAAAUAAAUGGAAAGCAUAAAGAAAGCUUGAUGUUGUUAAUAAAAGAAGUAGAAGCCAAACUACCCUCUAUUGACGAAGCUCAAGGACAAGGCAAUUGAAUAUUUAUUUUUAUUUUUAUUUUAUGCUUCUCAAAAGCUCUUUCCAAUUCUCAACAAACCAUAGAUAUUUUAUACAAUUUUAUUAAUUUUAAGAUAUUAUGGAAGGAUAAUUAUUAAAUAAACAACCAACAACUUUUAAACAUA